GCAAGAGAGGAACCGGUGGGCACGAAUCAGUGGGGUAAUUGGUGUAAAAUGGCGCUGUCUCAAGGAACAAAGAAAAAAGUUUGCUAUUACUAUGACGGUGAUGUGGGAAACUAUUACUAUGGCCAGGGCCAUCCCAUGAAACCCCACAGGAUCCGCAUGACACACAACCUCCUCCUCAAUUAUGGACUGUACAGGAAAAUGGAGAUCUAUAGACCACACAAAGCCAGUGGUGAGGAGAUGACAAAAUACCACAGUGACGACUACAUUAAGUUCCUGAGGUCCAUCCGACCAGACAACAUGUCUGAGUACAGUAAACAGAUGCAGAGAUUCAAUGUCGGAGAGGACUGUCCAGUGUUUGAUGGUCUGUUUGAGUUUUGCCAGCUCUCGACAGGUGGCUCUGUCGCUGGAGCAGUGAAGCUGAACAAGCAGCAGACAGAUAUCGCCAUCAACUGGGCAGGUGGACUCCACCACGCCAAGAAGUCUGAGGCCUCCGGUUUCUGCUACGUCAAUGACAUUGUCCUGGCCAUCCUCGAGCUGCUCAAGUACCACCAGAGGGUGUUAUACAUAGACAUUGACAUCCACCAUGGUGAUGGAGUGGAGGAGGCCUUUUACACCACAGACAGGGUCAUGACUGUCUCUUUCCACAAGUAUGGGGAGUACUUCCCUGGCACUGGAGACCUGAGAGACAUCGGAGCUGGAAAAGGCAAGUACUACGCAGUAAACUACCCACUAAGAGACGGCAUUGAUGAUGAGUCCUAUGAAGCCAUCUUCAAACCGAUCAUGGCUAAAGUAAUGGAGAUGUAUCAGCCAAGUGCCGUGGUACUGCAGUGUGGAGCUGAUUCUCUUUCUGGAGACAGACUGGGCUGCUUCAAUCUCACCAUCAAAGGCCAUGCCAAAUGUGUUGAGUACAUCAAAAGUUUCAACCUGCCUCUGCUGAUGCUGGGCGGCGGUGGCUACACCAUUCGUAAUGUGGCCCGCUGCUGGACUUACGAAACAGCUGUCGCCUUGGACUGCUCCAUCCCCAACGAGCUGCCCUACAAUGAUUACUUUGAGUACUUUGGGCCUGACUUCAAGCUGCACAUCAGCCCGUCCAACAUGACCAACCAGAACACCAACGAGUACCUGGAGAAGAUCAAGCAGCGUCUGUUUGAAAACCUCCGCAUGCUGCCUCAUGCCCCUGGUGUCCAGAUGCAGGCUAUCCCCGAGGAUGCCCCCCACCCAGACAGCGGGGACGAGGAUGAGGAGGACCCCGACAAGCGCGUCUCUAUCCGGGCCCACGACAAGAGGAUAGCCUGUGAGGAGGAGUUCUCUGACUCUGAGGACGAGGCCGAGGGGCAGGGAGGAGGCCGCAGGAACGCAGCCAACCACAAGAAGGCAAAACGAGUGAAGAAGGAGGAAGAGAAGGAAGGAGAGGAAAAGAAAGAAGUGAAAGAGGAGGAGAAGGAGGAAGAGAAGAUGGACACGUCAGGACCAAAAGAAGAGGUGAAGACAACUUGAAGUUAAGGACAAGGAGAAAGUCAUGGUUGUACUGUUGUUCUCAAGCCCCACUGAUUCCUAUACUCUCCUCCUAUGACGAUAGGAGCUUCUUGUAUUCCUGUUUUAUUAUGUAUUAAGGGCAAACCUGGUUUACAUUGUAUUAUUUGCAUUUGUUUCUGACCUCAGUGAAGCACCAGUUGUGUGGGUGUUGACCACAAAGUUUACAGUCUCGUCAGAGUUCAAUGAUAAACAAUGAAUUUCUGAUGUGUUUCCCCUUAUGUUGUGUGCCCUGUGUAAACUACCCCACCCACCUGGAGCUCCAUAUAGUCCAAAACAAAUGCCAUGAAUCCUUUCCAGCUGUUGUGUGAACCAGGUGUGCUUUAAUGUGAAGAAAACCACCCAGAGCGUUACUGCUCCUAUUAUGUCAAUUCAGAUUUAACUUGUUGUGGGGCUCCUGCUAAAAUACCUGCAGAGAUGUAGAUGAUGUUAAAGUCUAGUGCUUACAUGCAAAGAGGCUUUUGUUAGUUUUGAAACAUCUAUUUAUGAUACUGUUAGAAUAACCAGCAUUUCACAAACUGAUGUUUAGCUUGCUGUGUUAAUUUACCAGUGAAUGCAUGUUUAGAAUGAUCUUGCCUUUAGCAUGUACAUAUUACUCUCCCUUUGCCCAGACAGUCCCCUUUUCAGACAGUCCCUAGUCUCUGCUCAGUAAGUUAUUUUAAAUCAUGAAUACACGGUCUGUCCCUUUUAGCCCAUUUUCUUAUGAAUAUCUGGUCAGUGUUUUUCCUUUUUCUUCCUGAAUUGUUUGUAUGUUCAUGUGUGAAUGGGUGUGAACCUCUUCAGAGGGUUAUGUUGGGAAGCGAAUGACCUGUUUUAGAUAUUUUGUAUCAUUAUACAUAAAGGUGGAGUGAGCUGAGAAAAUGGCCCUCUACAUGUGGUUGUUUGGAGUUCUAUCCUUGUGAAAUGUGCAUUAUCAUAACUUUGUUAUAAAAAAAUAAAGAAAACUGAUCUACA